CUGUGGGAUAACCUGAAACAAAAACUGAAAAAAGCAAAGGCGCAGCAGAUCAGAGACGUCAUGGCCACAGGUGGCGGACCACCGCCUGAGCCGCUAGACGACAGGCUCACCCGAGUCGAGGCGCUCGUGCCGCACGUGGCGGUGCGAGUGCCGAACCCAUUUGACAGCGACAGGCAGUCGCAGACGCCAGCCAGUGAAGCCGUUACAGACAUUAUUGACAGCAUGAUGCAUGAGACCGAUUCACGGUACCACGACAGCGACGAUGAGUUCGGGAUGAAUAGUAACCUUAGCCAGGCAGGUGGGUUUGCCGAGGCUACAUCACAGCAGUGCUCGCCAGCACCUCCUCUCAGCAGUGGUGGGCUGCCUGCAGAAACAGCAACCUCAAGGCCAUCGGGCAGCCAAAACAGAGAAGAUGCUUUCAUGGACCAAGGCUCAGGAGCUUAG